AUAAAAUAAGUAAUUAAAUCUUUAAAAUAGAGCUAUGUGAAGAGGUAGUAGCAUUUUAUUUUAUUUUUCGAUAAGAAGGUAGUAUUUAUUUUUGUCGUUAUAAUUGGUGGCCUUGUAUUGCCGGCCGGUCACAUACGAAAAGAGCCAUUUCAUUUUCCAAUUAUUUAUUACUAUAAGAUAUUUCCUUUAUAUAUGGCCAAAAAAGAAACAAAGGUUUUGAAUGCUGUUUUCUCCAUCCAUUAUUUCAAAGCUUGAAAAUAAACGUGACUUCGAAGCCAUUUUCACUUUGGGUGCAAACUCUUAGGAAAGAAGAGAAUGGGAGAAGGGAAUGACAAUUCAAGCUUAGGAGAAGAAAAUGUCGCCCCUCCAAAAAUAAAAUUGGAGUCAUUUGGGAGCUUAUCAAACUACGGUAGGGCGCUCUUGUAUACACCGAGCCGACUAUUGGAUCGGGUUACGGCCCGGUCCAAUGAUGAGACAGAGUUGGUUGAUGUGAAGAAUCGAAGUCAACACGAAAUGAAGAAAACACUAUCUUGGUGGGAUUUGAUAUGGUUCGGCAUGGGUAGUGUCAUUGGCUCGGGAAUUUUUGUAUUGACCGGACUUGAGGUUAGGAAUACUGUGGGACCCGCUGUGGUGCUAUCUUAUGUUGUCUCCGGUAUUUCAGCCAUGUUGUCUGUUUUUUGUUACACUGAAUUUGCUGUGGAAAUUCCUGUCGCUGGUGGUUCCUUUGCUUAUCUAAGAGUUGAGCUUGGUGAAUUUGUAGCAUUCAUAGCAUCAGGAAACAUUAUUCUUGAAUAUGUAAUUGGUGGUGCUGCAGUCUCACGUUCAUGGACAUCCUAUUUUGCAACACUUUGCAAUCAACCAUCAGACAAAUUUGUCAUCAUAGUACAUUCAUUUGCAAAAGAUUACAACAAACUUGAUCCUAUUGCUGUUUUUGUUCUAGCAAUUAUUUGCACUUUUGCAGUUUUCAGCACAAAGGGUUCCUCCCGUUUAAACUACAUUGCCUCAAUAAUUCAUGUCAUUGUCCUAAUGUUCAUCAUAAUUGCGGGUUUAACUAAAGCCGAAGCUGAAAAUUACUCUGAUUUUACACCUUUUGGAGCUAGAGGAAUCUUUCAAUCCGCUGCGGUUUUGUUUUUCGCUUAUGUUGGAUUCGAUGCGGUUAGUACAAUGGCCGAGGAGACGAAGAAUCCCGGAAAAGAUAUACCGAUUGGUCUAAUUGGUUCGAUGACACUUACAACAUUUAUUUAUUGCAUGAUGGGUGUGACAAUUUGUUUAAUGCAAAAAUAUUCAGAUGUUGAUGAAAACGCGGCUUUUUCGGUUGCAUUUGAAGCCGUUGGAAUGAAAUGGGCUAAGUAUAUUGUUGCAUUUGGUGCAUUGAAAGGAAUGACUAGUGUUUUACUUGUUGGUGCUGUUGGUCAAGCAAGAUAUCUAACACAUAUUGCAAGAACACAUUUGUUACCUUCAUGGCUUGCAAGAGUGAAUGAAAAAACAAAGACUCCAAUUAAUGCAACUCUUGUUAUGUUUGUUGCAACUGCAAUUGUUGCACUUUUUACUAGCCUUGAUGUUCUUGCUAAUUUACUUUCAAUUUCAACUUUGUUCCUUUUUUCACUAGUGGCAAUUGCUCUAUUGGUUAGGAGAUAUUGUGUUAGAGGUGUGACAUCUAGGUUUGAUGUUAUGAAAUUUGUUGGAUUCCUAUUUCUCAUAUUAGGUUCUUCGGUUGGAUGUUCGAUUUAUUGGUCGCAAACUACCAGGUGGCUUGGUUACACUAUAUUAGUACCUAUUUGGUUUGUGGGGACAUUCGGCAUUUGGUUUUUUGUUCCUCUUGCAAAGAAGCCGAAGAUUUGGGGCGUACCGCUUGUUCCAUUUUUGCCGUCCGCGUCAAUCGGUAUCAAUAUUUUCCUUCUUGGAACUUUAGAUAAGGCUUCAUUCAAGAGAUUUGGUUAUUGGACUGGAUUUUUGGUUGUGUAUUACUUGCUUGUUGGAGUACAUGCAUCUUAUGAUAUAGCAAAGCUAGAAAAGGAGAGGAAGAAACUAGAGGAUAAGACAAAAUCAAAGAUAGAUGAAGAAAAUGGUGUUCCAUUGAAGUCUAAUACCAAAGAUGAAAAUCAUACAAAGGAGGAUUUUUAAUUUAUGUAUUGUUGAUAGUUUUUUUUAUUAGUGUUUAUGUGAGAAUAACUUGGACAAUCAAAUUGUGUUUGUAAAAGUGGUGUUUCUCUAUAUAUAAGAAGCUAUAUUGAUCCAAAA